UCGGAUAUUAUAGCUGCGUUACUGUAACGGGCCAGCGAGACGCUGCACGCGCGUUGACGAUGGCCAUUGCCGUGGUGAACAUGCAGCUUUUGAAAAUGAUGAGAUCUGCGUGGGACGUGGUGUGCCGAGCUUUGGCGUCCGUAAUCGAUGCGCUGAUGGGCGCAGUGGCCGCUCCGGCCGUCACGUGGAACAGGAGUGCCGACACGGAUGAACCCGCCGUACCGCUUAGCGUAAAUUACCAUUUCACGCGCCAAUGCAAUUACAGUUGCGGAUUUUGCUUCCACACGGCGAAGACGUCGUUCGUGCUGCCGCUGGACGUGGCGAAGCGCGGGUUGACCAUGCUGGCCGAAGCCGGCAUGAAAAAACUAAACUUUUCGGGCGGCGAGCCGUUCAUCCGCGACGGCGGCCGCUUCAUGGGCGAACUCAUCAAAUACUGCAAGACGGAGCUGAGCUGGGCGGGCAUCAGCAUUUCGAUUGUUAGUAACGGCAGCUUGAUCCAGGAGAAAUGGAUGAAGCAGUACGGCGAGCACGUGGACAUUCUGGCCGUGUCAUGCGACUCGUUCAACGCUGACACGAACCGGGCGAUCGGUCGGCGGCAGGGCGCUCGAACCGAUCAUGUGGCAAAGCUGUACAAGGUACGUGAGUGGUGCGGACAGCACAAGAUCGCGUUCAAGAUCAAUACGGUGGUCAACACGUAUAAUGUGAACGAAAUGUUCGCCGAGCACAUUGAGCGGUUACGGCCGGUCCGGUGGAAGGUGUUCCAGUGCCUGUUGCUGGAGGGCGAGAACGCCGGCGAGGGAGCAUUGCGUGACGCCGCCCGAUUCUACAUCACCGACGAACAGUUUGACGGGUUCUUGCGACGGCACGCUGAAGUUCGGAUGCUGGUACCCGAGAACAACGACGCCAUGCGCGAUAGUUAUUUGAUCCUUGACGAGUACAUGCGGUUCCUAAACUGUCGCAACGGCAAGAAGGAACCCUCCGCGUCGCUGCUGGACGUCGGCGUUCAAGACGCGCUCCGCGGUUCCGGUUUUGACGAAAAAGCGUUCCUGGAGCGGGGCGGCGUGUACGAGUGGAGUAAGCAGCAGCUGUCCRAAUCCGAAUUGGAAUGGUGAUGGGCUAAAUAAUUCUUCUAUCACCUCAUCAUACUUUUCUUAAAUAUUAUGCUUAAUGCAAUCAUAUCAUGGUACACGCAACAAGGUUCCCUGUACUUGGUUUUAUAUUUGCCGUGUGRUGUUAUUUAUCAAUGACGAUUAUAGGUCGAUUAUUAAAUCAUAUGAAAAAUAUUCACUUAUAUGUUUUUUUAAAAGUCGAUAGGCUUGCUUAAUCCAUAUCGACUAUCAUAAAUAAGUAAUAACUAUUACCGGAAGGUACGAAGGAUAUAACGAUAAAGGAAUAAAAUUCAUAUAUUUUUAUAUAAUGGUAAAUGUGACCAAGUAAUGAAAUUAAAAAAAAAAUUGAAUUUUAAAGGUUAGGUGCACUUUGCACAAUCUAUGUAACCUACCUAGCUUUGAAUUAAAAAUUACUUAUAGCU